AGGGAUGAGCCUGUGUGCCAGAAAAGUCCAUAGAGGGGGAGCUGGCCACAGGGAGUGGGUGAAAGAGGGAGUGAUCAGCUGAGAGGGGGAAGGAAUCAAAGGUGCCUAGUGAAGAGGUUAGGAAUCAUGGACCGGAGAAACCUCGGGGCAUUCCUGAAGGCCCUUGAUUUGCCAUUAAUGAUCCCAGGAAGACUUAAAGCCCAGAGUGGAGGUGUGAGUUGCCUAAGGUCACACAGCAAGUUAGAGACUUCACUCCACCACUUACUGUCUUGACUUUGCCUCUCUCGCCAUCCUGCCCCAGCCCCAGCUCCGCGGCCUCCCAGCCCAUUGCAUGGCUAUGGAAAGAAAAGUGGCAGCUCACGCAGAUGGGGCUCCUGUGGACUCCUGUGUCCCUGUGGAGAGAGAGAAGUUGGACCAGGAAGGGGAGGACCAGGUGAAGGAUCGGGGCCAAUGGACCAACAAGAUGGAGUUUGUGCUCUCGGUGGCCGGGGAGAUCAUUGGGCUGGGGAAUGUCUGGAGGUUUCCCUAUCUCUGCUACAAAAAUGGAGGUGGAGCCUUCUUCAUCCCCUACUUCAUCUUCUUCUUCUCCUGUGGCAUCCCCGUGUUCUUCUUGGAGGUGGCACUGGGCCAAUACACCAGCCAAGGGAGCGUCACAGCCUGGAGGAAGAUCUGCCCCCUCUUCCAAGGCAUUGGUCUGGCAUCUGUGGUCAUUGAGUCUUAUUUGAACGUCUACUACAUCAUUAUCCUUGCAUGGGCCCUUUUCUACUUGUUCAGUUCCUUCACCUCUGAGCUGCCCUGGACGACCUGCACCAAUUCCUGGAACACAGAGCACUGCAUGGACUUUCUGAAUCACUCGGGAGCCCACACAAUGCUGCCCUCUGAGAACUUCACCUCACCUGUCAUGGAAUUCUGGGAGAGACGGGUCCUGGGCAUCACCUCAGGCAUCCACAACCUGGGCGCUGUGCGCUGGGAGCUGGCCCUGUGCCUCCUGCUUGCCUGGGUCAUCUGCUGCUUCUGCAUCUGGAAGGGGGUCAAGUCCACAGGCAAGGUUGUUUAUUUCACAGCCACCUUUCCCUACCUGAUGCUGAUUAUCCUACUGAUCCGAGGCAUCACCCUUCCUGGAGCCUAUCAAGGCAUCAUUUAUUAUCUGAAGCCGGAUUUGAUUCGCCUCAAGGACCCCCAGGUGUGGAUGGAUGCUGGUACCCAGAUCUUCUUCUCAUUCGCCAUCUGCCAGGGAUGCCUGACAGCCCUGGGCAGCUACAACAAGUACCACAACGACUGCUACAGGGACUGCAUCGCCCUCUGCUUCCUCAACAGCGGCACCAGCUUUGUGGCCGGGUUUGUUGUCUUCUCCAUCCUGGGCUUCAUGUCUCAGGAGCAGGGGGUGCCCAUUUCCGAGGUGGCUGAGUCAGGUCCUGGUCUGGCCUUCAUCGCAUUCCCCAAGGCUGUGACUAUGAUGCCCUUAUCCCAGCUCUGGUCCUGCCUUUUCUUCAUCAUGCUCAUAUUCCUAGGGCUGGACAGCCAGUUUGUCUGUAUGGAGUCCCUGGUGACGGCCUCCAUGGACAUGUUCCCCAGGCAGCUCCGGAAGAGCGGGCGGCGCAAGCUCCUCAUCCUUGGCAUCGUGGUGGUAUGCUACCUGAUCGGGCUCUUCCUGGUCACUGAGGGCGGGAUGUACAUCUUCCAGCUGUUUGAUUAUUAUGCUACCAGUGGCCUAUGCCUGCUCUUCCUGGCGGUGUUUGAAGUUAUCUGCAUCAGCUGGGUGUAUGGAGCAGACCGUUUCUAUGACAACAUUGAGGACAUGAUUGGCUACCGGCCAUGGCCCCUGGUGAAGAUCUCCUGGCUCUUCCUGACCCCUGGACUUUGCCUGGCUACAUUCCUCUUCUCCUUGAGCAAAUACACGCCUCUCAAAUACAACAACAUCUACGUGUACCCUUCUUGGGGAUACUCCAUUGGUUGGUUUUUGGCUUUCUCCUCCAUGAUCUGUGUCCCACUCUUCAUUGUUGUCACCCUCCUGAAGACCCGGGGCUCCUUCAAGAAGCGCCUGCGACAGCUCAUCGCCCCUGACCCUAGCCUGCUGCAGCCCAAGCAACAUCUAUAUCUGGACGGUGUCGUCAGCCAGGACUGCAGGCCCUCCUCAACCAAGGACGGACUAAUAGCUGGGGAGAGGGAGACCUACUUGUAG